GAGAGUGACGCGCUAAAGUCAAGUCGCGUCUCCCAGAGCACUCGAUGAGCUAACUCACUCCCGACCCAUCCUAACCGCACUCAAUCUACUUCUCCAUUCACAACAAGAUGCGAUUCAAGACCUCUGUGCGAAAUAUAAACACCUUUACCAAGCUCACACAGUCGCUGAGCUCAAUCGGCAAGGUGGCAUGGCUUCGACUGUCCGAAGAUGACAUCCGCUUCGUGAUACACGCUGCGGAGGGGACCCAAGUGUGGGCCAACCUAACGAUCCCCACCCUCUUCGAUGACUAUCGCAUCUCCUCCGCCAACAACAACAUCAUCAACCUCGAAGUCCCACUCUCGCAGCUGCACCGGGCGCUGCGCUCGUGCGCCUCGGCCUCCGACGCCGUCCUGCGCCUGACCAAGCGUGCAUCCGACGGCGUCCCCAUCCUCUGCCUGACGAUCACGACAGCGUCGACGACCAACUUCCUCGUCGGCAACACCCUCGUUACACAGGAGAUCCCAGUGCGCGUUCUCUCAGCCACCUCCGUCGAGAACAUUGUCGAGCCGCGGGCGCCCGAGGCGGAUGUGCACAUCUACCUGCCGGCGCUGCCGUCGAUCCGCGGGAUCGCCGACCGCUUCAACAAGCUAUCGUCGUUCUCGUCGGAGCCGCACCGGCUCGUGCUCGCGGCAAACAUGAAUGCUGAGUUUAAGAUGGCGCUGCGAGGCGCCGACGUGAGUGUCGAGAGCAAGUGGCGCGACCUGCAGAAUCCUGUGCUGGCUGAUGUCGAGGGCAGGGAAAGCCAUCCAAGCACGGUGCGUGAUCGUAUGGCGUUUGCGGAGGUGCGUGUCGAUGGGAGGGAGUGGGCGAAGGUGCUGAAGGUGGGCGGGCUGGCGAAGAGGGUCGUUGCCUGUAUUUGUGACGGUGUCGCUAUCAUCCUCUACGUGUUUCUUACCGAGGAGGCGGAUUCGGAUCCGACGGUGGUUACGUACUACAUGAAUAGCAUUGCAGAGUAGGUGGAGUAUACCAUCAUGAUUCAUAUUCAACUCAACUCCUUCGGA